GGCGGGGAAAAGGCAGUCCUCUUUGCGACAUUUCCUGUCGGCGUCUGUGGAGCUGCUUGGCGCGUUCGGGCGCUUUCCGGCGAAGCUGGGUUUUGAUCCUGGCUGAGGCGGCAAAACGAGCGCCGGCCUUUAACGAAGGAGGAUCUUGAUGCAACAGGCUGAAAUCUUGCAGAUUAAAGGCCCCUUUGAUCUGUUGCAGGUGAGAAUUGAUGAAGAAAUUGUGAAUUUUUUCUCCAACACUGUGCUGCUGUAUUGCAGGAACUCUGCAGAACAGACAGAGGUCUUAGAGGAACCUUCUGCUUAGACCUGCAGCCAGGGUGGGGGGCCAUGUUCUCGGAGCAGGCUGUCCCUUCUGCACAAAGCCUCCUGGCCUCCCCAUCUGAAGCAGCAGCCUCUACGUUUGCCCGAGCACCUGCCUCCUCUUAUACCAACUGCUCCCAGAACUUCAGGCUUGGGGAACGGACUUUCAACAGACAGUAUGCCCACAUUUAUGCUACACGCCUCAUUCAGAUGAGACCGUUAUUGGUAGAAAGAGCUCGACGCAAAUGGGGGAGCAACAUUACAGUGAAGAAACUUUGUGAGCUGCAAGUUGCAGAGAAGUGCUGUGUUGUGGGGACACUCUUUAAAUCUAUGCAGCUUCAGCCAUCCAUCCUGCGGGAAAUCAGUGAAGAGCACAAUCUGCCCCCACAGCCGCCCCGGACCAAGUACAUCCACCAGUCGGAUGAGCUGAUUUUGGAGGAUGAGCUACAGCGAAUCAAAUUGGAAGGAAAUAUACAAAUUGACAAGUUAGUGACAGGGACCAUUCUUGCUGUCUAUGGCUCAGAGGGGGAUGAUGGCAAAUUCCUUGUUGAAGACCAUUGCUUUGCAGAUAUGCCCACCCAGCUGCCUAUGAUGGGCCCCAAUACGGACAGGUUUGUUUUGCUGGUGUCCGGCCUUGGCCUUGGUGGCAAGAGCGGGGAAAGCCUCCUGGGGAUGCAGCUCCUUGUGGACAUGGUGACGGGACAGCUGGGCGCCGAAGGCGAACAGUCCAGUGCCGCCCUCAUCUCUCGCGUCAUUCUGUGUGGCAAUUUGCUCAGCCAGAAUACCCAGAGCCGAGACACCAUGAAUAAGGCAAAGUAUCUGACUAAGAAGACCCAGGCUGCCAGUGUGGAUGCUGUGAAAAUGCUGGAUGAAAUCCUGCUGCAGCUAAGUAUGUCUGUUCCUGUUGAUGUAAUGCCUGGGGAAUUUGAUCCUACCAACUACACAUUGCCCCAGCAACCCCUCCAUCGCUGCAUGUUUCCUCUUUCGAGUGCCUAUUCCACACUGCAGCUGGUCACCAAUCCCUACCAAGCGAACAUCGACGGGAUCAGGUUUUUGGGGACUUCGGGUCAGAAUAUCAAUGACAUCUUCAAAUACAGCAGCAUGUCUGACUAUUUGGAAAUCCUGGAGUGGACUUUACGGAUUGGGCAUCUCAGCCCCACUGCCCCAGACACGCUUGGCUGCUAUCCAUUUUACAAGACGGACCCCUUCAUCUUCACUGACUGCCCUCAUGUCUAUUUCUGUGGGAACGCACAUUCCUUCAAAUCCAAAGUGGUCAAAGGGGACUCAGAGUGGAUUGAAGAGUACAUAUAUGGCAAACAUUCAGGGCCAUUAUACAAUUGACAACAAAGACAGACAGAACAUAAACAGAGGCAAGGCUUCCCUCUUUUUCAUCUCUGGCACCUGGAGGCUGUUCUCAUCUCGACCAUGGAGAGGUGCUGUUAUUUCAUUUUUCCACGCACAGAGCCUAUUGUCCAUGGACACCUUCCUAAUCGAAUUUCAGGGGCGCUUUUUAACCUCCCUGCCAAAGCGGUAUAAGCAGACACAGGCAAACAUUCAGUGCCUUGUUACAAUGAGACACAAAUACACAGACAAAGGCUUCUCCUUUCAUUUCCAGUUUUUAUCUCUGGCUCUGGGGGUGGUGCUCUUCUCCAUUUCCAAGCCAAAGAGCCUGCAUUGUCUGUAGACAUGUCCUGGUCGUGUUGCCAGCAUGACUGCUUAGAGCAUCUUUUUGCCUUUUCCUGCCAAAGCGGUAACUAUUGAUCUACUCGCAUUGUUUUUAAACUGCUAGAUAGGCAGGAGCUAGGGCUGACAGAGGGAGCUCACCCCAACCUGAGGCUUGAACUGCCAACCUUCCAGUAGGCAAGAUCUUCUGUAGCUGGCAGUUUGACCCACUGUGCUAGCCGUGACAUAUUGUUCCACAAUUUUUUUUCACAUAGAAUUUAUACAUGGCCACUGUUUUUCUGGGAAAAUUUCCACUUGCUUCCGGAGCCCACCAAAAACCCAGCUAGUUAAAGAAAUAGAAUUCACCCAUGACCCCUCCUUGGCAUUGCCCCAUUUACCCAGUAAACCCAAUAGCAGGGCUCAGGGCUCCUUACACAGUGGCUGUUUUUGUUGCCAAAAGUGUCUUUUAUGUUACAUACUGC